AUGGACAACCCUGGCGAAUUACUCAAGGGCUACCAAUUUCGCCAAGAGCUUUUCACAACUGCCGUGCUUCAAUCACAGCAUCUGGCUGCGCUCGCGGAUGUGCCAGCAGCAAACCCCUCCUUGACGUUCCCUUAUCUGCUGAUACUAUUUUUGAGGCGCGUAAAAAAAAUAAUUCCAUGUUUCGUCUUCCCUCUCCGUUGCCCAAUCACAGCCAUCCGGCUGGCGUUCGAGGAUGUUCAGGCAGACUCCUCCUUGACGUUCCCCUAUCCGCUGAGGCUCUCUUUUGCACUGCAGACGAUGCUUGACGACGCGCUGCUGGUGCUGGGGCCUGAAUACUCGUCCCAGGCUCACAGCAUUAUCGACCUGUGCCGCGACUACCAGGUGCCGAUGCUGAGCUUCUCGGCAACGGAUCCCACACUGUCUUCCAAAGGGCAGUUCCCCUACUUCGUGCGUCUGAGCCACAGCGACCAGAUGGAGAUGGAGGUGAUAGCGGACAUACUGCAGUACUACCAGUGGCACCAGGCCAUCAUGAUCUAUUCAGACGAUGAGUUUGGGCACAAUGGCAUAGACGCCCUCACAAACAUCCUCAUGGCUAAGUCGCAGCAGCUGCCGCUGCAGUUCUCCAACAAGGUAGCUCUGGACCCGCGGGCCACUAAUGAAGAGAUAACGCAGCUGCUGCGCGCCAUGCAGUCCUCUGAGACCUCCGUCUUUGUCGUCCACGUCGCCUCCUCCAACGUGCUCUUCCUCCUGGACGAAGCGCAGCGCAUGGGGCUGAUGAGUGAGGGGUACGUGUGGAUAUCCACCGAGGGAGCUAUCUCCCUUCUCAUGGGCGCUAACAUGAACUCCACCUACCUCAGCUCUCUCACUGGCAUGGUGGGCACACGAGUGGCCAUUCGGGACAACCCGCGCUUGCUGGAGUUUAAGAGGCGAUGGAAGAACCUCGACACCGUCAAGUACCCCGGCUCUGGCACUGACACUGUCUCCCCCUACUCACUGCUUGCCUAUGAUGCCUUCUGGGUGGCGGCCCGUGCGCUGCACAACCUCUCCCACCUGCCAGGCGCCAGCUUUCCCUUCCGCCCGCGCCGCCCUGUUCUGCCCCCGGAUGGUGGGGGAAGCACCGAUUUUGUGCGGCUCAAAGUCAGCAAGGCUGGCGUGAGGAUAUUGGAGGAGCUUGUCAAGACUAAGAUGGAUGGAAUCAUUGGAAAGGUUGCAUUUGACAAGAACCACGACCGUGUGGGAGUGAGCUACGAGGUGGUCAAUCUGGUGGCGUCAAACUUUGAAACGCUCGGUUACUGGGAGCAGGGCAAGGGUCUCGUGGCUGCCCCUUCGAAAGAGCCAUCCAACACCACCCUCAAGCCUGCUGUGUGGCCUGGCAAUACCUCCAAGUUCCCCCGUGGCUGGUUACCAUCCAAAGGCAAGGCGUUACGCAUUGCAGUCCCGUUCGGCCCUUCGGCUGUGGAGCAGUAUGUGAGCCGCACUCCAGAUGGCAACUUCUCAGGCUUAUGUGUGGAGGUGUUUCAGCGAGCCAUGGCGCUGCUGCCGUACCCAGUGGGGUACUCACUCGUGGCAUAUGACUUCAGGGGGAGCUUCUACGAGGACCUCAUUCACCGUGUCGCCAACAAGGAGUAUGACGGGGCGGUGGGCGACAUCACAGUCACAGCAGACCGCGCUCAGAUCGUGGACUUCACACAGCCCUUCAUGGAGUCAGGGCUGGGGCUGGUGGUGCCGGUGCUGCAGGGCGACCCAGCCAACCCCUGGGCGUUCCUGUACCCGUUCACAGGGAGCAUGUGGGCGCUCAUGAUCGCAUCCAUAGUCUUCACCGCGGCUGUCAUCUGGUACCUCGAGCACAACCAGAACCUUGACUUUGGCGGAGGGCCGUAUCACCACCAGCUCACCACCAGCCUCUGGUUUUCCUUUGCUAGCAUGGUUCGCUCACAAGAGCAGCACGUGGGCACAGUGCUGGGCCGCUUCGUGGUGAUUUCGUGGCUCUUUGUGGUUCUCAUCGUCACCUGCAGUUACACCGCCAAUCUUACCUCCAUCCUCACUGUUAACAACCUCACUCCCCCUGUACAGUCCCUGGCUGGCAGCAGUGAUCACACCGGGCUCCAUGGUGGGUCUAUCUCAGCGGCUGCUGUGGCAUUCCAAUGCUUCUCACUUGCAGCAGUCAUCACAUCGGGCUCCGGCUCCCUGGCAGCAGUGAUCACAUCGGGCUCCGUUGUGGGCUAUCUCAACGGAUCCUUCUCCGAGAAGCACCUGCUGGGCUUUGGCGUCCGCAGGAAGCAGCUGCAGCCACUCAACAGUGUGAACGAGUACGCAGAGGCCAUGCUGAACGGCACCGUCGUGGGGGUGGUGGACGAGCGUCCCUUCCUGGAUCUCAUUCUCACGCAAGACUGCACAUUCACCACGGGGGACGCCGAUAUUUCCACCCUCGGAUGGGCCUUUGCUUUUCAGAAGGGGUCAAAUCUGGCCGUUGAUCUGAGCAAGGCCAUCGCCCAGCUGAGCGAAACAGGCCAGCUGCGAACCAUCCACAGCAACUACGUGCCUAACAACCUGACGUGCAGUGGGGACGCCAGCGGGCAAUCAUCGGAUAGUCUGGGAGUGGAGGGGUUUCAGAACCUGUUCAUUCUCUACGCUGCCAUGGCCACCUUCGCCUGCCUCAUGUACCUCGGUGUGCUGCUCUACCGCGGCCACCUUGCCAAGAAGGAGUUGGAGGAGGAGGGAGAGGAAGUGAGUGGGGGCAUGUCUGCGAUCAAGGCGAAGCCAUGGAUGAACCCUUUCAAGCACUUCAUCUACCUCUAUAACCUCGGUGUGGCAUGGAGCAUUGCUCGCAAUAUUGAAUGUGACGAGGACGAGCCGUUUUAUGACGCAGACACGUUUGAUGUGUACGAAGGCACAUCGUUCAACCAAUCAGAUCGAGAUGCUGCUGCCGGAGAGAUUUUGCCCGCGAGAUUGCUGCCGUCGCAGAUUAAGAACAAGCAGAAGCGGUCGGCAGUGACGGCGAAGCUUCGCGCGGAGAAGGAGAAGGGGAAGAAGCAGCGGCUGAAGCGGCGGCGGCAAGAGGAGGAACGCGCAGUAGCGCUUGGGGAAGCGGCCCCACCGCGGAAGGUAGCUCGCACCAUCGACAGCACGCGGGAGGUGGACGAGACUAUAGCGCAGCCCGACGACGACGAGCUACAUGCAGACGAGGCACAGGACGAGUUCGCGCCGCACUUCAACCGAGAGAGGCCGCCCAAAGUGCUCAUCACCACAUGCCAACGGAUACACCCGACAAUGAAGCAGUUUAUCAAGGAGCUUUUAGUGGUCAUUCCAGGGUCGGAGUACUAUGAGAGGCGGCAAUAUCGCAUCAAGGAGAUAGUGCAGUACGCAUCAGCGAGGGACUACACCGCAAUGAUUGUGGUCAACGAGAAUCGGAACAAGCCAAAUGCACUCAUGCUCAUCGGCCUGCCAGAAGGCCCCACUGCUCUCUUCAAGCUUUCCAGUCUCGUCCUGAGGAAAGACAUCAAGAAUGCAGGGCGGGCAACAGGGCACCUCCCAGAGCUUAUUCUCAACAACUUCUCCACACGCCUGGGACACCGAGUGGGACGUCUGCUGGCGUCUCUGUUUCCGCAGGACCCGGAGUUCAAGGGCAGGAGAGUGGUCACGCUGCACAACCAGCGCGAUUUCAUCUUCUUCCGCCACCACAGGUACAUAUUCGAAGAUCCGGAGAGUAGAGACGAGUCGCUGGGGUUGAGAAAGAAGAAGGCGAGGGAGGAGAAGGAGAGGGCGGGCCUGCUGAAGCGCAAGAAAGCGGCGGAGGCGGCGGCAGCAGGGAAGAAGACUGGCAGCUUGGGCGCCUCUCUGGGCAUUUUCACGCGCCUGCAGGAGUGUGGUCCGCGAUUCACUCUCAAGCUUAUGAGUGUGCAGCGGGGGACGUUUGACUCAAAGGGAGGAGAGUACGAGUGGGUGUACAAGGUGAGUCACUUCGUGAUGGUGGGUGUACAAUGUGGGUUCCUUUUUGCGAGUGGAGGUGAGUUUCUUUCUGUGAGUGGGUGUGCAGGGUGA